CGCCGAGCGCCGACUGGGUCCGAGCGGUGGAGCCGCCAGCCUGAGCAGGUUGGCGCUGAGGUGGCGCGGAGGCGAGGCGGCGGAGCAGCUGGACAUCCGCUGUGGGGCAGGAACCUGUACAUGGUGGUAGUCAGCCAUGUUGGACCACUCACAUGAGGACAGUGCCUUAGGGAUGGACAAACUUAGAACAUAACAUAGAACGGGCCUGGGUCCCUCGCAACAUGGAUCUGUCAUCCUAGGGCUGCUGUUUCUUUAUCAGAUGAAGCCUGAGGAGCCUUCCAGCUGUGAGACAUUAGGAGAGGAAAACUUCUGAGUCUGGAUCUGCAGAAGACUCGCCUCGCCUGUCUGCACAAUGUCAGGAAGCCAUGUGCCUUCUGCCAGUGGCCCCUUCUCAGCCCUAACUCCAAGCAUGUGGCCUCAGGAGAUCCUGGCCAAGUACACGCAGAAGGAAGAGUCAGAGGAGCAACCAGAGUUCUAUUAUGAUGAGUUCGGCUUCCGUGUGGACAAGGAAGAUGGUGCUGACCCCAGUUCCAGCAAGCUGCCAGGUGUGUCUCUGAUGGAGGACCCUCCACAGAGGCUGCGGUGGCAGGCCCACCUGGAGUUCACCCAUAAUCAUGACGUGGGGGAUCUCACCUGGGACAAGAUUGCUGUCUCCCUACCCCGCUCUGAGAAGCUUCGCUCCCUGGUGCUGGCUGGCAUCCCACACAGCAUGAGGCCCCAGUUGUGGAUGCGGCUCUCCGGGGCCCUGCAGAAGAAGAGGGGUUCCGAGCUGUCCUACCGAGAGAUUGUGAAAAACAGCUCCAACGACGAGACCAUUGCUGCCAAACAGAUUGAGAAGGACCUGCUCCGCACCAUGCCCAGCAACGCCUGCUUCGCCAACGUGAGCAGCAUCGGGGUGCCCCGCCUGCGCAGGGUCCUCCGAGCACUGGCCUGGCUCUACCCGGAGAUUGGCUACUGCCAGGGCACGGGCAUGGUGGCCGCCUGCCUCCUGCUGUUCCUGGAGGAGGAGGAUGCCUUCUGGAUGAUGUGUGCCAUCAUCGAGGACCUGCUCCCUGCCUCCUACUUCAGCACCACCCUGCUGGGUGUCCAGACAGACCAGCGGGUCCUGCGCCACCUCAUCGUCCAGUACCUGCCUCGCUUGGACAAGCUGCUCCAGGAGCAUGACAUCGAGCUGUCCCUGAUCACGUUGCACUGGUUCCUCACGGCCUUCGCCAGCGUCGUGCACAUCAGGCUGCUGCUGCGCCUCUGGGACCUGUUCUUCUACGAGGGCUCCCUGGUGCUGUUCCAGACCACUCUGGGCAUGCUGCGCCUCAAGGAGGAGGAGCUGAUCCAGUCCGAGAACUCGGCCUCCAUCUUCAACACGCUCUCAGACAUACCAUCACAGAUCCAGGACGCAGAGCUGCUGCUGGGGGAAGCCAUGCAGCUGGCUGGCUGCCUCACCGAUGUGGCCGUGGAGACCCAGCGCCGCAAGCAUCUGGCCUACCUCAUUGCAGACCAGGGCCCACUCCUGGGAACCAGCGCCACCACCAGCCUCUCUCAGGUUGUUCGGCGCAGGACCCAGCGGAGGAAGUCUGGCAUCACCUCACUGCUCUUUGGGGAGGACGACCUGGAGGCGCUCAAGGCUAAGAACAUCAAGCAGACGGAACUGGUGGCUGAUCUCCGGGAAGCCAUUCUGCGCGUGGCACGCCAUUUCCAGUGCACAGACCCCAAAAACUGUAGUGUGGAGCUGACCCCCGACUACAGCAUGGAGAGCCAUCAGCGAGACCACGAGAACUACGUGGCAUGCUCACGCAGCCACCGGCGCCGGGCCAAGGCCCUGCUGGACUUUGAGCGACACGAUGACGAUGAGCUGGGCUUCCGCAAGAAUGACAUCAUCACGAUCAUUUCCCAGAAGGAUGAGCACUGCUGGGUCGGGGAGCUGAAUGGCCUGAGAGGCUGGUUUCCAGCCAAGUUUGUGGAAGUCCUGGAUGAACGGAGCAAAGAGUACUCCGUCGCCGGGGACGACGCUGUGACAGAGGCGGUCACUGACCUUGUUCGAGGGACCCUCUGCCCAGCCCUCAAGGCCCUGUUUGAACAUGGACUGAAGAAGCCAUCCCUCCUUGGGGGUGCCUGCCACCCCUGGUUGUUUAUCGAGGAGGCGGCCGGCCGGGAGGUGGAAAGAGACUUCGACUCCGUGUAUUCACGCCUAGUGCUGUGUAAGACAUACAGGUUGGAUGAAGACGGCAAAGUCUUGACCCCGGAGGAGCUGCUCUACCGGGCUGUGCAGUCCGUCAAUGUGACCCAUGAUGCUGCACACGCGCAAAUGGAUGUCAAGCUCCGCUCCCUUAUCUGUGUGGGGCUCAACGAGCAGGUCUUGCACCUGUGGCUGGAGGUGCUCUGCUCCAGCCUGCCGACGGUGGAGAAGUGGUACCAGCCUUGGUCCUUCCUGCGCAGCCCCGGCUGGGUCCAGAUCAAAUGUGAGCUCCGCGUCCUCUGCUGCUUCGCCUUCAGCCUCUCCCAGGACUGGGAACUUCCUGCCAAGAGAGAGGAGGAGAAGCAGCCCCUGAAGGAGGGUGUCCAGGACAUGCUGGUGAAGCACCACCUUUUCAGCUGGGACAUAGAUGGUUGACGGUCUUCCUCCGGCGGCCCUGUCAUGCCGAGGCCUCCCCCAACCCGUCGGCUACAGGGCGGCCCCUUCCUCAGGCAACAGGAGAACAGCAUGGCCCUGGCCAGUCUCUGGAUGAGGUGGCCAAGGUCCGGCCCAGGCUCUGGGGUCAAGUGAAGGAGACACUGCAGCUCUGGCCGGGCGCCAUGGGGGGAGACUGGGGACAUGGCCCUGGGUGCCCCAGAGCGUCGCUGGAGGGCAGGGCCCAGCUCAGCCUGCUCUCCUGGCCCCAGGGGGAGGGCAGCCAGGGUCUUCACGGAGGCCGCGGACCCCAACUCCACUGUUGGUACUGACCAGAAAUCUCCCGAGGUGGGAGCCACCUCUUUUCUGUCAGUUUUUGCUCAGGAAAGGAAUGGGGGUGGCUAAAGGAUCCUUGGCCUUUUUGCUUUGUAAAUAAAUAGUGUCUUUGAGAAA